CAAUUCAACAAGGUAUCCAAUCACGCUUGCACACUAAGCUGUUGGGAUGACGUCGUUCGUCGUUAGCGGCAAUUGACGGCAGAACCGUUGAGCAAUGCGGAAUGGUAUCGAGAAUAGCACGCGCGUUACUGGCCGCGAUUACUUUUAAUUUUCAACCUUUCUUAUUCUAAUUCAACCCUCAACUUCAACUUCUCGUCGACCUGUUAUACUCGCAUUUCUAUCCCAUUCGCUUGAUAGGAUUGUGAUUUAAUAUGGAUUUGACGAAACGGGAAAACGGAGAAAGUUCGACAGAUCGAUUCCUCGAUUUGAUCGCCGAUCCAUUCCAGGCUCAGGUUCAACAGAACUCCAUCUACGCAGCCGUUAUAUACUCAUUCGUUGUAUCCGGAUUGCUCGUCGUCGUCUUCUGUUUCCUCCGACCACGAAAUUCCCGAAUCUAUGCCCCGCGAGCGAAACAUGCAGACGAAAAGCAUCGACCGAUACCGUUGGGCAAGAAGCCAUUCAGUUGGCUGACUGCAGUCAAGGAUGUCAAGGAAUCAGAUCUCGUGGAAACAGUCGGGCUCGACGCGGUUGUGUUCCUCCGAUUCAUGCGGAUGUUAAGGAACAUCUUCCUGGUGUUGACCAUUAUUGGCUGUGGCAUUCUGAUACCGACCAACGUGGUUGGAGGAUCACCCUUUUACAAGCAGUGGAGCAGCGUCCCGACGCUGAUGAAGUUUACGCCACAGUACAUCUUUGGUACCAAAUUCUGGGCUUUCGUUAUCGUUGCAUAUCUGUUCCAGUUCACAGUGUGCUUCUUCCUGUGGUGGAAUUAUCGGGCUGUCUUGAAGCUGAGGCGGACGUACUUCAAUACUCAAGAGUACAAAGCCAGUCUGCAUUCGAGGACAUUGCUGCUUACACAUAUCCCAAAUGCAUCGCGGACGGAUGCUGGAUUGGUUGAGCUCGUUGAGAAAGCGAAACCAACCCAUGACAUGCCCCGGGCGGCGAUUGGCCGCAAUGUCAAGGAUCUCCCCAAGCUGAUUAAAACCCACGACGAAGCAGUUCGAGAACUUGAGAAGCACUUGGCUGAAUACCUUCGCAAUCCCAACCAAUUACCAGCCAAGCGACCAACUUGCAAAGCGGCGAAGGAGGAUGGGAAACACAAGGUCGACGCCAUUGACUACCUCACAGACCGGGUCGCACAGCUAGAAACGACGAUCAAAGAGGUGCGAGAGAGCGUCGACAUGCGCAAUCCCAUGUCGUAUGGAUUCGUUAGCUAUGCACAUAUUGAGGACGCUCAUGCAGUCGCACAUGCAUCAAGGAAGAAAGGACCUGGGUGCAAUGUCCAUCUUGCGCCGAAACCACACGACUUGCUUUGGCAGAACCUUCCCAUGACGCGCAGGACAAGGCGCAUACGAGCAUUCUGGGACGGUCUUUGGAUCGUAUUAUUCACCGUUGCCUUCGUCAUACCCAAUUUGUUGACCUCGGUAUUCUUAUCAGACUUCUCUCAUCUCGGCCUCGUUUGGCCAAAAUUCAACACAAACCUUCAGGCUCACCCGACGGGCUGGGCCGUCGCGCAGGGUAUUCUGGCACCUCUAGUCCAAACCCUGAUGUAUAUGGGAGUCCCGAUAGUUUUUCGCCGGUUGUUCACGCACUCGGGUGAUAUAUCAAGAACGUCCAGAGAGAGGCAUGUUACUUCACGCCUCUACGCCUUUUUCGUCUUCAACAAUCUGCUGGUAUUCUCAGUCUUCGGAUCUGCCUGGCGCUUUGUGGCUGCAGUCAUUGCCGCUCACGACCAAGGAGUUUGGCAUGCGAUCCAGGACGGCCACCUUUUCACCAAGGUUAUGACCGGUCUAUGCAACGUCUCCACUUUCUGGCUUACCUGGCAAAUGCAGAGAAAUCUUGGUGCAGCAAUUGACCUAUCGCAAGCAUGGAUAUUCCUUUGGACCUGGAUCCAACGCACAUUCUACUCGCCUACACCGCGCGAACUGAUUGAGCUCAGUGCACCACAACCGUUUCCAUAUGCGGAUUAUUAUAACAACUACCUCUUCGUUGCCACUGUUGGCAUGUGCAUGGGUGCUCUGCAGCCCAUCAUUCUACCAGUUACCGCUUUCUAUCUCGCCAUAGAUUGCGUCUUCAAGAAGUACCUUCUACAAUACGUGUUCAUCACGAAGACUGAAUCGGGAGGUAGAUUCUGGCGUCUGCUGGUCAACCGCAUGCUCUUCUCGGUCAUGUUUGCAAACGCGGUUAUCGCGCUUGUAGUUGGUGCCCAAGGCGUAGGUUCGAUCAACUCUGUGCAGAACGGUAACAUGCUGUACGCCAUGGCUCCACUGCCCUUCCUGCUGUUUGGCUUCAAGUGGUACUGCAAGCGCGCAUUCGAUGAUAAGCUCUUGUAUUACUCCACAAUCCCGUAUUCCGACCUCGAAGGUUCGCAUUCUGUUGACCACCCGAAAGAGAGGAAGAGCAACCGAGUCGGUGUUAGAUAUGGACAUCCAGCUUUGUUCAAGAAGCUGCUCACUCCCAUGGUGCACGCAAAAUCUCAGCAUCUUCUGAAGGAGAUUUACGGCCACCGCUCGAACACGGACCGGAACAUUUUCGAGGCACCGCACCGCCGCUCCACCGAUCGUGCCAGGCCAGCUACACUGAGCUAUGGCGAUAUGUACUUGACAGACAUGAGCCAUGAUCAGCCUGGCAAGCAAACCCAGGGAGGCGAUAUCCCGAACAUUGAACUUGUCGCAGAGUCGGAUCUUGAUUUCGAAAACUUCAAGAAGCGCGCUGAAUUCCGCGAGCAAUUUGGUGGCGAUGGCGAGCUCUAUGGCAGACCUGACGAUUUCAGCUCACGCCCAGGUACACCCUCGACCUUCACGACCUUGACAGACAUGAACAGCCCAUACAGACACAGAGAUUCAGCGGGAUCACGUGUAUCGAGCAGGACUCGGUUAGGAGACAUGGAAGAGCCAGAGCAGGGAACAUCAUACCCUCAGGGCUACCAGAGGACUCCACGCGCCGAUGACGGCUUCCAACCUAUGGGUGCUGCUGUUAGCAAUGAGGGUCUACAAACAACAAGCAGUAGACAGCCGCUUGUCAGUGGGGACAACCGAGACGAAGAUACGAGUUAUGAACAAUUUAGAUAUAGAGGGUGACCCGGUAUAUAAUUAGUACUGUAGGAGAAAGUCCAACGUUUCAUGAGCAGCUUUGCUGUCUCUUCAAUCAGGCUUCUGUGUUGUUGCCUACCAAUGUCAAACUCCAGUUCCAAGUUGCACCGUUACACUAGUCUUUGAAUAGGGAUGGUUGGUGCUGGGCGACUCGUAUGCCCAUGGGGAGCUCUUGGCGGCUUAUGUGGAGGUGGAGUGCGGUUUUUGAAACUACGGGGGAAACCGCGAUGAUCUUGCCCUGGCCCAACGGCCGCUUGCUUCCAACAUGCCUAAAC